AUGGCGCCGGCAGGACCACGAUCCCCAGCGAGGAAGCGGAUCAAGACGGCCCCCGGCGUCACCCUGCCGCCGGACAUGCUGUUCGAGGUCUUCCUGAACCUGCCGGCCAGCUCGGUCUGCCGCUUCCGCGCCGUCUGCCGCUCGUGGCGCGCGGUCCUCUCCGGCCGGAGCUUCCUCGCCGCCCACACGGCCCGCCGGGGCCCGCUCCUCCUCGCCGCCGGCCCGUACCGCAGCUGCCCGCGCUCGUGGCACGUCGACCUCGUGGACCUCGCCGGCACCGUCGCGAGGCGGACGAGGACGCCCGAGGCGGAGGGCGGCGCCAAGGAGCUCCUCACGUGCGGCGACCUGGCCUGCCUCGUCGGGGCCGACGACGGCAUAGCCCGGGUGCUCGACCCGGCCACCGGCGCCGUGACCGUGCUGCCACAUGGCCUCUCGGAGGAGAACAAGGUAGCGGAAGGGUGGGGCCGCCGCGAGAGCUUCCACGUGGUCGCGUACGCGUUCGGCCGCGUCUCCUCGACGGGGGAGUACAAGCUGCUCCGCCUCGUCCGUCUCCUUCGUUACACGCCGGCCCGCGGCGGCGGGCUGCUGGCCGAGGUCCUCACCCUCGACGGCGACGCGAGGUGGAGGAGCAGGCGGAGCCCCCCGGUCAUCGUCGCCGCAGAUUCCAUGGUGGUCGUCGACGGCAUCGUGUACUUCUUGGCGGCUCAGAUCGAGCAGCUCCCUUUCUUCGUCAAUAAUAGAGUCAGCGGGCAGCCAGGAUCCAUAGCUUCGUUCAACCUCGAGACGGAGGAGUGGAUGCCGAUUAUCCGGGGAUCACUGAACGGCCGUCGUCAGGGCAACCCGCCGGAGCUGAUGCUCCAGCAAGAACCGCCAUUGCUGACCUUAGCAGAGCUGAACGGCUUCUUGGUUACAGUUCACAGUGACCGUCAUCAGUUAUUCAUUCAUGGAUCUAUGGUUUCUGAUGGACUCCAAACAGGAAACCUGGGUGAAAAGAUACAGCAUUCGGCUUGA